AUGAUGGCCCCAAGUACUGAGGAUCCCGAAACUGUUGUCGAGGCUCAACGCCGUGGAAGUUUCUCGAAGAAGAAUGGUAACGGAUGGACAAAGCCUGGGCUGGCUAAUGGUUCCGAGUCAAAACACAUGGAGCCAGUCACUGGAACAAAUGCCCUAAUGGCUGCAAUUGAUGCAGAUGAUCAGGAAACCAAAUUGAAAGAUCCGCUGGAGAAGGAAGCAUCGACGUAUAAAUCGGCCACCGACAGGUUCUUCCAAUCAUCGCACCCUCCGUCUCAUCAAACUGUUGAAAAUCCAAUCAAAUUGGAACCACCGACGUCAUCUGGAGUGACACAAAAUGGUAGUCCUGUCACCAAUAGCUUGGUUCCCGAAGCAGCGCAGCCCCUCCAAACAGUGGCUGAAUCUUCGGAACCAACUGCAGCAAGUGCAGAACCAACGGAUGCUUCAUCAGCUGAGUCAUCAACUAUCACAGUUACUCCAGUCGUUCCAGUGGUAAAGUUCACAAACCAGACUACCCCGAAUGGUAGUACGGUAGCCACUUCGGUUGGACAAAAUGUGCGACUCACCAUCAACGGAAAGCGUGUUGGACGUCCGCCAGGAACCUUCAAGAGACCACCAAACAACCCAACCACGAAUACCAGUCAUGGAGAAGAGACUGAUUCGGAAGCAUCGACUGAUUUGAUCUGUCGUUGGAAAGAUUGUAUGCUGAAGUUCGCAAACCUCAAGGGUCUUGUUGAACACGUCCAAGAGAAACAUGUCCAAUCUACAGAGCAGGAGCAUCAUGCCUGGCGCUGUGAGUGGGAGGGAUGCGAUCGCAAUGAGACAUUCAAAGCUCUCUACAUGCUCAUUGUACACGUUCGUCGCCAUACUGGAGAGAAACCGAACAAGUGCGAGUAUCCGGGCUGUGGAAAGGAGUACAGCCGAUUGGAGAAUCUCAAGACGCAUCGUAGAACCCAUACUGGCGAGAAACCAUACAAAUGCGAGUUCUCGGACUGUGAGAAGGCAUUCAGCAAUGCUUCGGAUCGUGCCAAGCAUCAGAAUCGUACUCACUCGAAUCUGAAACCGUAUUCAUGUCAAAUUGGGGGUUGUCAGAAGUCAUACACCGACCCAUCCUCCCUUCGCAAGCACAUCAAAGCAGUUCAUGGAGACGAGGAGUACGAGAAGGCAAAGAAGUCACGUCCGCCAAACUACUCGAACCGUCGUCGUCCGGACCAUCGUAUGCCUCCACCGACCAGCGCAAUGUCUCAUCCCUAUUUGGCACCACCACAUGUGUUGCCUCCUGUUGCCGCACCAGGUGUUCAUCAGCAAAACUUUAUCAAUCUGGCACUUGCUCAACAUCAUCAUAACCAACGUGCACAAUUCAUCGCGAACAACGCUGCUCUGAUGGAUCCGAAUGGAUCUGGUGCCGCUCAAGCCGCCGCCGCUGCUCAAGCUGCUCAGGCACAACAAGCACAGAUGUACCAGGCACAGGCAAUGCAACAACAUCAAUUCGCCGCCCAGAUGCAACAACAGGCUGUGAUGCAAGUUCAUAUGCAACAAGCUGCGCUUCAGCAAGCUCAAGUUGCCAUCAUCCAAAAUAACCUUCUGAGCACUCAAGGAAUCAUGAAUCAGUUCCCAAUGAUGUCGCCGCUGCUUACUCCAAGAGCACCAGGAAAUGUGAUGUCACUUCUUCAACAACAACAAGUCACUCCACCGACUCCAACAAUGAUGCAGUUGACUCCGCAUACUCCGAUCACACCGAUUACUCCAAUCACGCCGCUUACACCAAUGGGAGCAACGACUGGACCGAUGUUCAGUAUGCCAAAUAUCAUGAUGACUACUCCAGUUCGAAUGGACAUCCCGACAUCCGUUCCUGCAGCUGUCCCAGUGGCCCCGGUGGCUCCAGUUGCCCCGGUGGCUCCAGCUGCUCCAGUUGCUCCUCCAGCUUCUUCUCUUGCCGAAGCUACUGAACCAAGAUUCCGGCUCCUUCGCCAACACAUGGAAGGCGCUGAGGUUGCUCCAGUUCUAGCUCCACAACAGCCGUUGGAAGAAGACGAUGACAUGACUGACGAUGAAGAGAGUGGGAAUGUUGCUCCAGCCGUCAUUCGUAACGGAGAUGGACCGGAUGAUCGUAACAGUGGAACAGGAUCGAGCUCGCCUCGUUCUAGUGCUUCCAGUGGAAGUGGCACUCUGGAGGUCGCCGGAUCGGUUGCUCAAAAUGGAAACAGAAGCAGUAGCACUGGAGAAAGAGGAAUGAGAAGUUUCUUGAUUGCUGACAUUCUUCAAAUGGCUCACGAUUUCCAAAAUGGUCGAAUUAUCACUGAUGCGCUCCACAAGGCAAUUUUUGAUACAAGCGAUGUGACAGCGAUGUUUCACAUCUACAGAACCUUCGAGUGCGUCUGUGAAUACUUGCAAUUCACUUUCAGCGCCGGAGAGCGUCUUCCAACUUGGCCCGAGGUCCGAACAAUUCAUGAAUACUAUCACUCGGAUUAUGACCGUACUCGUUUCCAUGCAAGUGAGACCGUUCGCAGACGUGAUAAUCUCUUCUGGCGCUUCGUCAACUACUGUAACAGUGAUUUGCCAAUUGGUGGACGCCCGAUCCUGUCGGUUUCAUAUGAUGAGGGAUUCGAGGAGAGCAUCGAUCAGGGUUCUAAUUUUGGGACCAUUCCGCAGCAACUCAUCUCUAGAAUGGCUGCUGAAGCCUUCGACGAUGAAGAUGAUGGAUUCGACGACGCAUUUGACAUCCCUGGUCUCAGACUCGGAGGUGUCGAGGUCCUAAUCCAGCAGCAACGUCACAGAGUUCGCCGCGCGGCUCUCAAGCAAGCUCAAAUCGACUAUCCGACGGCAGAGGAGGAUUUGGGUUACGUCGGCGGAGGAUUCGGACAAGAAGAUGAUGAUCAUCAUUCUUAUGCUAUCUAUGAACAACAGAAGACUGUUGCGUUCGUUGAUCUCUCUGAAAAGCCAAAAGUCGAGGUUCUGACUGAUGAAGAUUUCAUGGAACAGUUCAAGGCAGCGGAAGCUCGUUGUCAAGCUAGACUUGCGAUAGAACCAAUGGUAAAAGUGGCUCGCACCGUAAUCAACGGAAAGGUUGUGGAGUAUACGGAAUCCCAGCUCUUUUCUCCACCGGUUUCACGCAGAACUAUCUACAGCAUGCUGAAGCAGUUCCCGGAACAUCAAGAAAAUCUUCUGAAGUUCAUCACUCUCCAUGUUGAUAAAUGUGAGCUUGAGAAUGUAAUUCCUUCUCGUGAGUAUAUGUCUGACAUGGAGAGCAGCUUCUUCGCUCAUCAUCGCAUUGUUCGUGCCGCAUUGAGAGCUCGCGGAGAAAUCACGGAAGCAGAAGAAGCGGAAUAUCAGCAAAGCAGCAACUUGAUGUAUAAUCAAGAUUUCGCAGCAUUGAUGUUCCCAGAAUUGGAUGAAUCCCACGAUGAUUUCCUUAAUGAUCUCCCAAUCUCUUCUCGUCGCCGUUCGAGCGAUUCGGAUUCGAAGGAGGCUCCUUCUAUGAAGAAGCCACGCAGUUUUUAA